UAUAAGGAAAGGAGGGAAGAGAGGGAGAGGAGAAGAGAAACGUCUUUCCCCUGUUCCCCUUUCCUCCUUUCUUUCCUCCUCCCGUAAAACCUAAUUUCUUAAUCUCCACCGGAGAUAAAGCGAGGGAGAAAGAGAGGGAUGGAAUUGAAUGAAAAUGCCGGAUCUUUGGAGAACAGCGGAAAUCACCGGCCUUCUGUUGGGCCGGAGAAGGUCAUCAUCGACACGGAUCCCGGGAUUGGGAGGAAAGCCACGUGUUGCUGACUUUGUACAUGGAUCUGAUGGCCUUGGGAAUAUAUUUCAUCCACCACCUGUGGGGAAAAAAUCUGAGAAAAGUGCAUCUGAGUUUUUGGUUGAGAAGAUUUCUCAGUAUCCUGGUGAUGUAUCAAUACUUGCAUUGGGACCAUUAACAAAUUUAGCAUUGGCCAUCAAAAGAGACUCGUCCUUUGCUAGAAAGGUGAAGAGGGUGGUUAUACUUGGUGGGGCUUUCUUUGCAUCUGGAAAUGUCAACCCUGCUGCUGAAGCAAAUAUCUAUGGGGAUCCAGAAGCUGCUGACAUUGUGUUUACUUGUGGAGCAGAUAUUGUUGGUGUUGGCAUAAACAUCACUACUCAAGUCAGAUUUACAGAUGAAGACCUCUCAGAACUAAGAAAUUCAAAAGGAAGGCAUGCGCAAUUCAUAUGUAACAUAUGCAAGUUCUACAGAGACUGGCAUGUGAAAUCUGAUGGUGUCUAUGGGAUUUUCCUCCAUGACCCAGUCAGCUUUGCUGCACUAGUCCGACCAGAUCUCUUUACAUUCAGAAAAGGGGUUGUGAGGGUGGAGACACAGGGCAUCUGUGUGGGCCAUACAUUAAUGGACCAAGGAUUAAAAAAGUGGAACACAAUUAACCCUUGGUCAGGCUAUUCACCAAUUUCAGUUGCAUGGACAGUUGAUGUGCCUGGAGUUCUUGCAUUUAUCAAAGAACUACUUAUGAAACCAUGAAAACAGAAAUCAGUCUUAGCUACCCAUGUGAUUUGUGCUAUGGAUCUGAUAUGGUGGUGUUAGCUUUUCUGUUUAUUUAGAACCUGCUUCUCUCUUCUUCUUUACGGCUGUAAAUGUUGGAUUUGAAAGCUUGACUUGUCACAUUGAGUCACCAAAUAUUUUGGUGAAAAGCAUCCUUUGGUGAAAUUUCUACAUGACAGCUGUUACAUAUUUUAUUAAGUGAAUAGAUCAAUUUCUAUUCCAUGAUUGAAACA